AUGGAGCGCCCGCUCAACAUCAGCUGCCUCGCCGAUACGACGCCGGACAGCGGGAACAGGAGCGGGUCGUCCGCCGGCCCCGAGGGCGGUCAGGCCCAUCUCUCGGUCUUCAGCGUGUUGGUUCUCACCCUGUUGGCCAUGCUGGUGGUGGCCACGUUCCUCUGGAACGGGCUGGUCCUGGCCACCAUCCUCCGCGUGCGCAGUUUCCACCGGGUGCCCCACAACCUGGUGGCCUCCAUGGCCAUCUCCGACGUGAUGGUGGCAGCCCUCGUCAUGCCCCUCAGCUUGGUGCACGAGUUGUCCGGGCGGCGGUGGCGGCUGGGCAGGUCGCUGUGCCAGGUGUGGAUCUCCUUCGAUGUGCUGUGCUGCACUGCCAGCAUCUGGAAUGUCACGGCCAUCGCCCUCGACCGCUACUGGUCCAUCACUCGCCACCUGGAGUACACGCUGCGCACCCGGCGCCGCAUCUCCAACACCAUGAUCGCUCUCACCUGGGCGCUCUCCGCGUUCAUCUCUCUGGCCCCGCUGCUCUUUGGCUGGGGAGAGACUUACUCAGAGGACAGUGAAGAGUGCCAGGUCAGCCAGGAGCCUUCCUACACCAUCUUCUCCACCUUUGGGGCUUUCUACCUGCCCCUCUGCGUGGUGCUCUUUGUGUACUGGAAGAUCUACAGGGCUGCCAAGUUUCGGAUCGGAUCUCGCAAGAGCAACUCCAUCACCCCCAUUACACCAGAAGCGCUGGAGGUGAAAGAAGCUGCCCAGCAGCCACAGAUAGUCUUCACUGUCCGUCACGCCACUGUUACGUUCCAGACAGAUGGAGACACAUGGAGAGAGCAGAAGGAAAAGAAAGCUGCCCUCAUGGUGGGCAUCCUUAUUGGGGUCUUCGUGCUCUGCUGGAUCCCCUUCUUCAUCACAGAGCUCAUCAACCCACUCUGCUCAUGUGACAUCCCACCCGUUUGGAAGAGCAUUUUUCUAUGGCUGGGCUAUUCAAAUUCCUUUUUUAAUCCACUCAUCUACACUGCUUUCAACAAAAACUACAACAAUGCCUUCAGGAACCUAUUCUUUAGGCAGCAGUGAGCAGAAAAAGCUUUCCUGUUGCCCCAGGAAGCUGAUUUUGAGUGUCAAUGAUUUUGACCAAGUUCCUGAGGAAGUUCAAAGCCACAGAUACUGAGGUGAUGCUAAAAAUGCAUCGCCAUGGGUUGUAUGUCCCAGACAGUCCCAGUCUCUAGGCAGGCUCUUCAUCCCAGCCUCUUAGCUGCUGUUUUUCCUGCAAGUAGCAUGUAAGGGCUUCUCCUGCCAGCAGCCUGGCAUCCUCGCUCCAGUGGCCUGCUGUGUUCCUCCUGCCUCCCCAGUGACUCUGUUUGGUGGCACCAAAGGUGCAGAGGAGUCCACUGGCAAAGAAAUGCUGGUUUGGCCACUGCUGGUGUCUCCCAGCAUUAAUCACCUUUGUCCCAUGUGCAGAGCUGGGACCCUGUAACAUCAGGAGGCUUUGUGAUUACAUGUGAGAGUACAUAUUUUAUGGCUUGGCUGAAAACAUGAUUUGUCUUAUCUUUCGCUGGUAAAGACUGCAAAAUAUUUGGUUUUUUGGGAAAUAAACCCUUGGUAAGGGUUAAACACAGACUACCAGUACCAAGCUUUUUCUCACAUACUUUGGGAAGAACAAAUUGUGUCUGUUUGCUUUUGGAUUCUAUGUAGCAGGGUUUGUUUUUUUAAAGAAAACCCCCAAACUUAUUGUGAAAGCUUAAUGCAUGGUGUACCCUGGAAUGAGAGAGAAUGCAUGGGAAACUCACCUCUCAUUCCCUGAGUGCUACGUGUGAGCAUCUGCCUCAGACCUUUAUGUUCAGAAACACCAGCUGUAAAUGCUAAUCUUCCUGCCUGUUGUUUCCCAUCUUAAAACAUGAAUGUAUUUUGAGCAGCUGUGGGCAGAUUUCCUGUAGUUUCAGGGGAUGGGUGUAUUUUGAGUUGCCUUUCAAUGAGGAGCUGUGUUUUACUAUUUCUGAAUGCAAUCCAGAACUUGAAACCAAAGCAAAAACCCCACUUUGUCUCCAUGAGCACUGGGUUGCAGGCAAAGGACUGUUAAUGACAGGUGAUAUUUCUUUCUGGAAGCAUAAUCAAACCAUGGAGCUUCUCUUCUGCAAAGAACAGGCUUGAAUAUUUAUUUUUUUGCUCACCUGUCCUUCUCUGCCCGCCCCUCUAGGGCUCCAUCUCACAUGGUUUUACAGCUCUGUUGCCUCCCUGCCUUUCCACAUUGCCAACUUAAUUACAGUAGCUGGCAUUUCACUCUUACAAUUAGGGUUACACAUUUUAUACUGGCCUACUGAAGGACUGACAGGUCUGCAGAUAAAGGAAAACAUUAGUUUUAACUUGGUUCUGGGACAGCCACUGAAAUCAGACCACAAUUAAAAUGGUUGAAAAAAAUGCAAGAUGGAGAUCAGAAUGACCUGAUUUCAUGUUAGAUAUCUCAAGAAGAGAUGAAAGAUGUCAAUAAAUGAUGGCAAAGCCCCCUGGGAUUGGGUAGUAUUAAUUUCUAUCUGUAGUAGAUCAUGAGACAUCAGAUGUUAAAAUUGUCACUGGUCCUUUAAACCAGUCAAAAAUUAUGGCAGAGUUGGCAAUAAAAGCCCUUUUCCUUUUGCUGUGUCUCGACAGGUGAAAAUGGAAGCAGAGGUCAAGGUGCUAUUAAAGUGUUGCAGCCCUUUCAGGACCAGUUAGACAAACAUGCAUCAGCACUGACAUGGACACAGCUGAUCCUGCCUUUUGGCAAGAAGAGAAAUAGGAUAGCCUUUGACAUCUUCCUUAACACCAUCUUAGAAAAGUCUGUUAGAAAUAUUGGGUAAAACCCUGCCCUCAUUGAAAGCAAAGGAGAAUUUUUUUUCAGUGAUUUCAAAUGAAUCAGAUUUUUAUGUGGCAUGUCUUGUCUCGUAAAAGCAUAUUUUUAAUGUUAAUUAAUUCUAGGAGAAGAUGGGUGGGAUGGGAGUAAUCUUCUAACUCCCAUGAAAGAGGCUCUGACCUGCCCCCUAAUCAUGGGCCAA